AGGCGGCCGCUUCCUCCCCGCAGGAAUCAUCUACAUGCUGCAGGUCACAUCUGCAUUCUUAAAGAUGUUUCUGGCUGUGAAAGUCCAACUGAAAUAGCAAAUCUGAUCUCUACAAAGAAUUUUGAUGCAGCCCUGGCCAUUCAUCUUUAUAAAGGAGGCAAACUUCUGCAAGGUUGCAGAAUUCCUUUUGGAAUCAUCUUUGGUGGGACAGAUUUAAAUGAAGACAUCAGAUGUGAAGAGAAGCAUCGGGUAAUGGGAACAGUACUAGGAGAAGCCAGGUUUGCAGUGGCUUUCACGACGAAAAUGAAGGAACUGGCAGCAGCAGAAUGGCCAGAUGCUAGGAAGAAAAUAUAUGUCCAAACACAAGGAAUUAAGACUACACCCAGUGAAACUUUUGACUGGUAUAGAUUUCUACAAAAUGCAGACAUUCCUACAGACAUGGACAAUUUACAUGUUUUUCUUCUGAUAUGUGGAGUUCGAAGAAUCAAAGACCCUCUGUAUUUAGUAGAUGUAUUUUCAGACUGGCACAGCAAGGAACCCAGUGUCCAUCUGGGCAUAAUUGGACCUGCAGUUGAUCCACUUUUUACGUGUGAAGUCAAAGAAAAAGUUAAAAGGGCACCUGGAGUACAUUUGUUACAGGAGAUGUCACAAGAUGAUCUUCAUGCUGCAAUGAAAAGAUGCUUUGCUGUGGUGAACAGCUCUAUUUCAGAGGGAAUGUCUGCUGCAAUUCUGGAGGCAAUGGAUUUAGACAUUCCAGUGCUGGCAAGAAACAUUCCUGGGAAUGCAACAAUAAUAAAACAUAAGGAUACAGGACUGCUAUUUUCGGAUCCUCAGGAGUUUGUUGUGCUGUCCAAGAGUUUGAUGAAUGACCCCAUUAUGAAAAGAGAAAUUGUACAAAAGGCUAAGGACUAUGUGAAGAAACAUCAUUCAUGGGAAUGUGAAAGAAAAACCUAUCAGAAUCUUGUCCUAAGACUCCAGUGAAUUUUAAGACCAUGACUAAUACCCAGCAGUUUGUAUUGAGUAUUUUAAUGAUAGAAAUGUAAUUAGAUUUACGUUUCUGUUUUUUUCUUUUUAGAAAAGAUAGUUUGCAUAGUUCUAUGCAAACAUACCAGCAUCACAGGAGUUGCCUGCUGCAUCAAAGUAAUUCAUUUUUUCAGUGUACUGUCUCUAGUGUACCAAAUCAUUGCAGACCAGUGUAAUUCUGUAAGAUCACAAGGGAGAAAUCUGUCUAUCUAUCUUCUCAGUAGUCACAAAACUUUUGGUGGUGUAAGGCCACGAAAAAGGGGACGACAUUUUGUGCAGGCGAGCAGUUGACCACAUGGAACUAAUCUCUAAUGUUGUGAUCAUGCUGCAUCCUACAAAGCUUGCAGUGAAGCAGCUGUUUUUUUCUCCAAUUUUACCAGUCCAAAUGUAUUCAGUUUUGCAUGUGAUGCACAUAUAACAUUGCAAUGCAAAUCCCAUACAUUCAUAAAGUCAAGGUUUGUUAUAUCUACAGAGUAUAAAAUUAUCAAGGUGAAAGAUUUUUUUUUAAAAAAAAAAAGAAUAAGGUUAACAUAUCUGCAUAUUGAGGACACAAUAAUCUGAGGAUCAAAAAACAACCAGAGAUGCUUGAGGAAAUUGAAAUGAAUAGGGCAUGUUUUUACUUCCUGGUAGGCACUUGAUUUUCUUUUUUUUCUUUUUUCUUUUCUUUUUUUUCUUUUUUUUUUUUUUUCAAAUAAGCUAGUAUUUCCAAAAAAUACCAAGCCUACAUUUUUCUCUUGAUUCCUAGGAGUAGAUGAGGAAGGUUGGCAGCACACUCUACAGCUGUGCUCAGCUUUGGAUUCCAGAACUGCACAGUACUGCCCUCUGCAGCAAGUAUCUCCUUGCAGAUGUUUAAGUAAACUACCUCUUAGUUUACCAGCAUCUUUGGUAGCUUGUUGCUUUACCUAUAUUAGAAAAAGAUUUGACAGCUGUUAAAAAAAAAAAAAAAGAAAAAGAAAAAAAAAAAGGAGGAGGGAAGAAAGGAGGGUAUUUUCCAUUUGCUGUGCAUCUGGUACUGUUCUUUCUCAUUUGUAGAUUUAGUGUCACAUACUGUAGAAAUUAUUUUAAUGGAGGCUUACCUGAGCCUAAAGUCCUAACCAAGAGUUGUUCCUGACAGCCUAGUAGUUAUAUCUUUGAAUCCAUAAUUGCACAUCAAAGAACUGCUACUUAAAGAAAUAAAUGUGAUAUUUUAACUGCUUGGUAUUGGAAAACUGUUUGUUUUGUACAGGCUUGAUCCAGCCCCUAUGAGAACCAGAGUUUUCUGUUGAUUUGAAUGACUUGUGUCAAGUGCUGUUUUGUUUUUUUGGUAGUAAUAAAGAAGUCCACUAUGUGUUUUAA